GGCCUAGCCCAAGUGACAGGAGGUCCGGGCGGUGCCGCCCGGCCUCGUGGGGGUGCCCGUCCUCGUGGGGGUGCUCACCGCAGUCCCCGAGCCCCGCUGCCCUCCGUUCCCUCCACCCGGGUGGAACCGAAGAGGGAAGGUCAGGUCUGCCGCCCCGCCCCGCCCCAUCCCUCCACGCCCCUGCGCACGCGGUUCCCCGGGCCGCUGGCUGUUAACAUUGACUUCACGGUCGUGCAGCCUACAUGGCGGCCUCGCAGGUCCCGGGGGAGAAGAUUAACAUCCAGGCGGGAGAGACAGCCAAGGUCGGGGACAGGGAUCUGCUGGGGAACGGCUGUCCGGAGCAGGACAGACCCCUCCAGCGCUCCUGGAGGCAGAAGUGCGCCUCUUACGUUCUUGCCCUGCGGCCCUGGAGCUUCAGUGCCUCACUCACCCCCGUGGCCCUGGGCAGUGCCCUGGCUUACCGAUCCCAGGGCGUCUUGGAUCCCAGGCUGUUGGUGGGUUGUGCGGUAGCUGUCCUCGCUGUGCACGGGGCUGGCAAUUUGGUCAACACUUACUACGACUUUUCCAAGGGCAUCGACCACAAAAAGAGUGAUGACAGGACGCUGGUGGAUCGAAUCUUGGAGCCCCAGGAUGUCGUACGGUUUGGAGUCUUCCUCUACACCUUGGGCUGUGUCUGUGCUGCCUGCCUUUACUACCUGUCCCCUCUGAAACUGGAACACUUAGCCCUCAUCUACUUCGGAGGCCUGUCUGGCUCCUUUCUCUACACAGGAGGAAUUGGAUUCAAGUACGUGGCUCUGGGAGACCUCGUCAUCCUGAUCACCUUCGGCCCACUGGCUGUGGUGUUCGCCUACGCCGUCCAGGUGGGGUCCCUGGCAGUCUUCCCCCUGGUCUACGCCAUCCCCCUCGCCCUCAGCACCGAGGCCAUCCUCCAUUCCAACAACACCAGGGACAUGGAGUCCGACCGGGAGGCCGGCAUCGUCACGCUCGCCAUCCUCAUCGGCCCCACCCUCUCCUACCUGCUCUACAACGCGCUGCUCUUCCUGCCCUACCUGGUCUUCAGCAUCCUGGCUGUGCACUGCAGUGUCAGCCUGGCCCUCCCGCUGCUCACCAUUCCCAUGGCCUUUUCCCUCGAGAGGCAGUUCCGGAGCCAGACGUUCAGCAAACUGCCCCAGAGGACCGCCAAGCUCAACCUUCUGCUGGGCCUCUUCUACGUCUUUGGCAUCAUUCUGGCACCAGCAGGCAGCCUGCCCAAACUCUAAGGGGACCGGCGGCUCGCCCCACACCGUGGGCCCCUUUCUUAGAAGGUGUUGGAGGCAGAGGAGCCGAGGGGGGCGGGUGCUUUGGCCCCGAGGAGCCUCAAGAUGGCUCGUGAACUCCCACCUUUUUAUUCUUACAUUCUUAGGAUGUUUUGUUUUCGUUGUUAUUUUAUUCCGUUUUAUGGGGACUCUUGAAACCACUCUGGUAUCCGCAGGUAAAUUGGACGCAUGGGCUUUGCUUUAUUUAUAACUUCCACUAGGGGGUGCUGUCAGGUCAUUUUUAAAGUGGACUUUAAAAAACGCCCUAAGACUUGGUGGAGGAGCCGCCGGGCCUGGCCUCCUGUCCUGAAAGAGCCAUAGUCGUGGACCAAGUGCCCUCUGUUGCCUUUGUCUGGCAGGAUGUGGGGAUGACCCCUCGUGACAAGGAGCACCUGCCUCCUGCCCUGAGCAUUUGGGUCCUGAAUACACUGCUUGGGAGAGAACGUCCCUCUUUUCAGCCUGCCUUGGCUCCUGGCUUUUUUGCCGAAAUUGUGAUUCAGAAACUUUUGUCUGUCACUUCACUUCCUGCCACAGCUGAGGAAGAGCGUCCAGUCACCCCGCAGCAAGGCCGAGGACAGGGCAGGAGAAAAAUGCCACCUUGGAGACAGCUGAAAACAUUACUUUGCUUUUGGCUAGAAACUGCUGUUUUCCCUCCACAGAGCCCGCUGGAGUGACAGGAAGGACUCCCAGCCCUUUCAGUGACUAGCAGGGGCUCUGGAGUAGCCCCGCUGUCUUUGUGGGCUGCUUCUUCACUCCCCCCACCCCAUGCUCCGAGGCCCCAUCUGGACCCCUCCUGCUGGAGGUGCCCGGCUAUGGGCAGCAGCUUAGCAGCAGGCAGGGGGCACCAUCCCCUUCCACAGAACCACAGGCCCAGUAGGCUGGGGACAGGGGACAACAGCUCCUCCUGAGUGAAUAAGCCAGUGGGCAAAGAGUCUGGACCCUGUUCAGCCAAAAUGACAGGCCUGCCAGUGAAGGAACCGCAAACCAAAUCUUCCUCCUUGAAGAAAGAGGUGCAGUGUCGAUCCUGCUUCUGCCAAAGGCUUCAGUUGCCUUGUGCUGAGUCAGUCUGCACCCAGGAUUUGGGACCUCCAGCACUGAUUGACGCUGCUUCUCAUUUCACUGCCUGGAAGAUAAAACUUCCAGGCUGGAAUUGCUCGUUUGCUUUUGGUCCAAGACUGAAAUAGAUUGAGGCCAUGAUCAUUAUGCUUUUCUGCUCUGGUCAGAGCCGUUCUGAUAGGUGUUUCAGGGUCUUGGCCUGCGGAAAAUGAUGUCAGAAUUAGUUUUUAACCUUUAAAAUCAGGCCAAUUAUGAUUCUGCUCCUUAAGGUAGAAUUGGGCAGAUUUGCAUGGGAAAAACAUUUGGAAAACAUUUGCAAAAGUUCCUCUAAAGUUAAAGUGGUGUCUUGGAAGCUCUUGGACACACCUUUGAUCCCCGGCACAGUGAGUUAAGGAUCCGGUAUUGCCACAGGUGCGGCUUGGGUUAAAACUGCGGCUCAGAUCUGCUUCUUGGCCCAGGAACUCCCUGUGCCACGGGGCAGCCAAAACGGAAAACAAAACGAAAAACGUGGUUUGUCUGCAGAGUUCCAGAAUCCUCGAGCAGUGGUCAGAGGGAAGGAAGGACAGCUUUGUCCCCUGCCUGUCUUCCCAGCCCCAUUUUUGUUCUGUGCCAGGCUUGUGGCAUUUUGGUGCUCACAGGAGUUCCACCUUCAGAGACAAGCUUUUCGGGCUCCUUUUCAGAGCAGGCCAUUGUCACCCAAGGCUCACUGCUGAGGCUCUAGGGCCGGGAGCUCCCUGUGUCCACAGACCAAACCACCCGGGUAGGCACCCUCUCGGGCGAGGUCAGCUGAUCUCUGCACUGUGUUUUGGUGCAGGUUUUAAUGCAUAUUUUUUUAUAUAUAAAUUUUUCUAAAAGGCCAAAUUUGGUGUCAGGUUUUAUAAGCAGGUCACUGGAAUUUGUAUCUCAUCCCUGAUUCAAUGAAGGUUUUCUUUAGACUUAUUAAUGAAACUUCUUUUCCAUUAAAGGAAGAUAUUUAUCAGCA